CUGGUCGUGUCUUGCCUAUCUGUAAGUCGUAAUAAUAUAUAAUCACCUUGUGCUUGUUUGUGGUUAUAAGUGGUCUGUCUAGGCCCCGUGCUGUACUGACGAGACCCUUCAGUGAAACAUCAGUUGGGGACCGCUGACCCCGAGGUCCCGACUGCCUUGAAUCAUGUAUAACGGAGUCGGACUACAGACUGCCCGAGGCAGCGGUACCAAUGGGUAUAUACAGCGCAACCUCGGCUUUGUGAACCGCAAUCGGCAGCAAGUGAAAUACAACACUGAAGAAGAUAUCGAAAAAUUGGACCGCCAACUCAAUAGCAAGCCAAACCUUGCCAUUCUGGAGCAUAACCGCCGACGGCAGAUCGAAAUUGAAUGUGUCAAAUAUGAAGAACAGAUGAUGCAGCAAGGUUACGCUGAAGACGAGGUGCAGAAGAAGGUUGUUCGGUACCGCCAGAAACUUAUGGAGAAAUAUGAGAAAGAGGCGGAUAAGCGACCGAAAAUCGCUUUGGACGAACUUGGGAGACCACUAGCCAAGGAAAGCCACGAAAUCGCCGAGGCGAACCAGCUAAAAAAUGACAAACUCCGUGAAGCGUUCGGAAUCGACAAAGACUUCAUUGAUGGUUCGUCUUUCGAUCAGAAUGCUCGGAGAGAAAGACUUGAAAAAGAACGCCAAGAAAAGGAGCGGCAGCGUGAAGAACAGCGCAAACUUCGCGAGAAGCGGGGCUUUGUUGAUAUGGGCGCUUGUGGGGACACUGAGGAAGAGGGAGCAAGUCCACCAAAAAAGAAACAAAAAUCAGACGAAAAAAACAAAAAGUUGUCGAAAAAAUCGAAAAAGAGCUCCGUUGCGGCUGCACCAGUCAGCAGCAAGAAAAAGCGGCGAAAUUCUCCAUCGAGUUCAUCAUCUACUUUAUCAUCGAGUUCUUCAUCGGAUUCUUCUACGUCAUCGGGUUCAUCUUCGUCAAGUUCGACCUCCGACUCGUCGUCUUCAUCUUCGUCGUCGUCGUCUUCGUCAUCAUCGUCCAGUGACUCCGAAUCGGAGGAUAAUGAGGAUAAGAAACGUAGGCGUAGGAAGAAUAUCAGAAAGAAGUCAUCUUCGAAUAAGGAUAACAGCAAAUCGGCGAAUGAACAGAAUAAGAACAAGAAGAGAUCGCAUUCUAACAAAGACAAAGAUAGAAGCAAAGAAGAUCAUUUGAUUCGCAAAAAAGACGAAAUCACAGCGCAUAGUAAACUCCGCCAUGUGUCGCCUGCUAAUGGCGGUGGAAGAGGAGACGAAAAACGAAACCGACGAGUAAAUUCUGCAAAAAGUCAAAAAAGGCACAGGCGAGACUCUUCGCUAGGCCAGGAGGCCAAACGACAAGUAGAUGGUAAAGGCGAUGGCGGUCGUUCUCGCACGGAUUCAAGAAAGUCGCCUAGUCGACGUGGCGCAAUUGAGGAAGAAGUUAGUCAUUGUAACACAUGGGGUAGUUCGUCCCCCCAGGCCGAAAGAUCACGUGCACGUGAUUCGAGUGAUGAAGGCACAAAGGGACGUCUUGAUGGUACUACUAAGUCCAAGAAGAAACACCACAGUGAAAAUAAUAACACAACCGACCAAAGAAUACGAGGGGGUAGUCCAUCGCCUCACACCCACAGAAGGAGACAUUAUUCUUCGAGCGAUGAUGAGCCCUCGAGAAAGCGAGAUACUGAUAAGUCAAAGAAAAAACAUGACAUCGAAAGAAAUAAGGAAGAACGCGCCGUCGAAGAAUACCGGAAGAAAGACCGCGCUCACAGAUCGUCGGACCGAGUUAGAGAGGACCGUGAACUUCGAAAAAGGAGCAAAUCACCCCAGAUCCGAGGGCAAAGGCAAGAUUCGUCUAGUAACGAUGGUUCUGAUUCGGACCGUGACAAAUCUAGGAUACGACGUGAAGAAAAACAAAACAAAGAAUACUUGAAGAGGAAGGACCGCCAUCGGUCUUCCUCUGAUGAAUGCAGUGAGAAGUCUAGACGUGCUGUUUCCGGUGAAAGAGACGUGAGCCGAAAGCAAAAGGGGGGUCGACCUGAAACUUUGAAAGAUGAGCGGACACGAGGGAAAAAUAAGGAUUCGCGGCGAAGCUCGUCCAGCGACAAAUCCGAUCACAAAAAAGAUCAAUGGCGUGAUCGACAUGACGAGAGCUCAGACGUUGAAGAACGAGGCCGUGAUCGCUUUUCGCCGGAUAGCGUCUCAAAACGUAGAGAGAAAAGUAAUCGUCACGACUCACCCGAAAAGCUCUCCGAGCACCGGGAAAAGAACCGUCGGAAUACUACUCCGGAAAAGCGUUCAGCACGUAAGGACAAAAGCCGUCGCGACUCUUCAAGUGAUGAAAAAACUUCUUUUAACAAUAGCCAUCGUGACACAGCGCAUGAAGAUAUUGACGACAACCGUACCGAUCGACGGGAGAAACAUCACCAAUUUACAUCAGAUGAUGAACAUUCGGAUACCUCACAAAAAGGUAGUCCUAACGAAUCUCCUGAUGUGCGCUCUGACCGUAGCAAAGACCACCGUGUAUCAUCUGUAGACAGUGGAGAUGCGAAGAAGAGCAGCCAUUUUGUUUCGCCUAAGGGGGAUUCGAGCCGGAUGGAAAAGAAUACUGGAGCAGCUUCAUCCGAUGCUGAACACGAACAAAAAGGCUCACGCGAUCAGGACCGCGAUAAGCACUCGAGGAUACAUCGCUUAAAACGGAAUUCCUCAGAAGAAGCUAAAGAGCCCAGCAGGACUGAUGAGGUACGGCCAGUACAAGUCGAAGUAUUUGAAACAGUUGAAGUUCACGAAAAUCCCAAUAGGGAUCAAGAAAAAGAUAUGAAAUGUAACGAGGACAAAGAUUUGUCACGUGAAGAUGACUAUAACGUUGAGGACACGCACCCGCGCAAAGAAUCGGAGCAAGAGAGAUCGGAUAUCGAAAUGCGAGAGGUUGAACCGAAAGAACGAACUGAAACGGUGAUCCCCGAGGAGCCAAUUAUAGAAAGAGAUGAAAGGGAUGCGAAAGAAAAGGAAUCACUUCGCAUAGACGACCAGCGAGAAGCAUCUGAAGAACAACAACGAGACAAAUCUGAGGAUAAAAGUUGUCCAGAAAACAAGGCAGCGGAUCGACGGCGCAGCGAAUCUCGGAAGAAGUCGUCUAGCCCAGUCUCACCUUCCCGAAGGCACCGUAGCUAUUCUCGAAGCCCACAAAGAAAAUCAUCGCCAUCGCAUGAUGAGCGCCGUGCCAAAUCUCGAAGCCUGUCAAGGUCCCAGCAAAGACACUCCCGCGAUCAGCGGGAUCGCAGCCGCUCACGAAGCAAAAGAGAACGGAGUAGGUCUCGAGUACGACGGGAUAGGAGUCGAUCACGUGAUAAGAAGGAACGCAGUCGAUCCCGAGGCCGGAGAGACGGAAGCCGAACCCGAUUCCGAAAAGAUUUGCGGAGUGGUGGUGGUAGACGCGAUGCAAGCCGAUGCCGGGGUGGAAGGAAUAAUCGGAGCAUUUCUCGUGACCGGAGACGAUCAGUGGAGCGGCACGUUACUCAACGACGGCGAACAAGGUCGAGAGAUCGACGUCGACUAUCUCCACGUCGACGUUCACCGAUUGCGCGAUCGCGUUCUCCAAGACGCAGGUCGUUGGUAGCCAGAUCGCGAUCCCCGCGACGAAGGCUUUCCCCAGCCAGGUCUCGUUCUCCUCGUCGGCGAUCGCCCAUGGCAGUAAGAAAGCGUUCCCCGGCGGGAAGAUCCCGCUCACCGCGUAGACGGUCUCCAGUCGCUCGGUCCCGCUCGCCACAACGAAGACGGUCGCCAGUGCGACGACACGAUUUUUCGCCACGGCGACGGGCAUCACCCAGACGUCGAUCCCGCUCAGGCCGACGCACGCCGCGAAAGUCGCCUGCGAUGCAUCGUCGCUCCAUAUCUCCUCGUCACCGCUCACGAAGUCGUUCCACCUCAAACAAACAACGGCGCUCAGCAGAUAAGGUUCUUCCUAAGAGUUACCAGGAUGCCAAUCCCGACCGUAGGCAGAAUCGCUCGGAUGUAUCUUCCAGAAGGAGAAGACUGCCUGCUGCUAGAAGGGACAGUAGCAGCUCAUCGGACGAUGUCAGUGACGAACAUGAAGCUUCGGCUACAAGAAAAAGCAAGGCGCAACAGUUGGGAAAGCCGCGCCGACGUUCUUCAUCGACAUCUUCAUCAUCAUCCGAUGACAAUGCGGUGCCAGCAGCAACUAACGUAGAUAAGGACAAAGCCAAGGAAGAAGCCCCGAAAAAGCCAACGCACGACGGACCCUCAUCAACAACGUCAUCUUCAAGCGAUAAUGAGCCUGCAACUGAAGGCAACAAAAUCGAUGGCCGAAACAAAAAGGGGAGUAGAACCAACGGAAAGCCAAGAGAUCGAACCGCCUCAGCGACAAGCUCUUCUAGUUCGACUUCGUCAUCGUCAAGUUCGUCAAGUUCUUCCUCAGAGGACGACAUUAACGACGCAGGUGGCGGCGGGGACGCUGCUGUGUGUCGCAACAAGAAACACGUAAAAACCAAUAAGAAGCGACUCGUACACGCCAGCUCAUCAAGUAGCGAGGAGGAGGAGUGAGAACUACAGAUGGAACCUGGCAAAAUAAGAUCAAUUUUUCCAAGCGUGUUUUGCCGGACGCCGAUGCGGAAAAAUUAUUUCGCACAUAUAGAAAAACGAAAACACCUAUUGAAGUGUUGACCAUGAGAAAGUGGAUAGAGCGAGAGGGAAGUGUAUGCGAACGAAGUAUGGGGAAAAUUGUGAUUUCUUGCAUCGCGGCCAAGAAAGAAAACUAUAACAAUAGAAUGGUGUCUGAUGCAACUUGCCACCACCAACGGGUCAGCUGGAUCCCGGGAGAAAAGUCCCAGGUUGGCAUGGUCAAACUUCUCACCAAAUUCAAUGACGGAGCGCACAUUAGCAUGGAGCGCUGAGCAACCCGUGUCGAUAUAUAAAGGAUUUCUUUGUUUCUAUAAAAUAUCUACUGUCGUACGGUUACUACGACAACUAUUACUGUAAAGGAUCUGUAGAACGAAUAAUAAACAAUAUAAAUCUAUAUAAAUAUCUUUAACACACCGUAAAUAACAAGUAGAUAUCUUGUAUUACAUACAAAAAACACUACAUCGUACACAAACGCAUACAUUCAUGAUAAGUA